UUGUGAUGGGGUUGUCGUGUUCCAUAACUCUUUCACUUGUUUGGUGUGGCUUUGGGAGCAACUCUCACUGGUUCCCAUGGCGUCCAUCCUCGAAUCUGCCUGGCAGUAUCUGAUCACUCACUUCAGUGAUUUUCAGUUGGCUUGUCUGGGAAGUUUCUUUCUUCAUGAAAGUGUCUUUUUCUUGUCGGGUCUUCCAUUCAUAUAUCUUGAGAGGUUAGGUUACCUGAGCAAGUACAAAAUCCAGACGAAGAAUACCUCUCCUGCUGCUCAGAAUAAAUGUAUCACUCGUCUAUUGCUCUAUCAUUUUGGUGUAAACUUACCAGUUAUGAUUUUUUCUUAUCCUGUCUUCAGAUACAUGGGCAUGCAAAGUAGUCUGCCAUUGCCAUCCUGGAAAGUGAUCCUGACGCAAAUACUCUUCUACUUCAUCCUAGAGGACUUUGUUUUCUAUUGGGGGCACAGGAUUUUACAUACAAAAUGGUUAUACAAGCAUGUGCACAGUAUCCAUCAUGAGUAUGCCACACCAUUUGGAUUGACUUCUGAAUAUGCUCAUCCUGCUGAGAUACUGUUCCUUGGCUUUGCAACUAUUCUAGGCCCUGCUAUCACUGGACCUCAUUUGUUUACCCUGUGGCUAUGGAUGGUAGUGAGAGUGCUGGAGACUGUUGAGGCUCAUUGUGGAUACCAUUUUCCAUUUAGUCUUUCAAAUUUUAUCCCUUUGUAUGGAGGUGCUAAUUUUCAUGAUUAUCAUCACCGCGUGCUGUACACCAAGUCUGGAAACUACUCAUCAACUUUUGUUUAUAUGGACUGGAUAUUUGGUACAGACAAGGGUUACAGAAAAUUGCAGGCACUGAAGAGAUAUGAAGCUGAAGCCAGCAACAAACAAACGUCAGGAGAGAAGUAAGCUUAUUAGUCUUGAUGCCAGAGAAUGUUUUCUAUCUGACUGGUGCCAUAGAAGAAAAAGUUCCCUUUUGCUUUAUUCCUCUUCAGUAUUUUUUUCCUUCUGGUUUAUUUGGUGGUAGGCAGGUUACAAUUUCCAGUGAUCCAUAGCAUAGAAUCCUUUAGGAGGAUUCUUGUGGACCUCUAGACCAUAGGUCCUGUCAUUAUCCUCCUGUGCUACCCGACUUUGUGUUCAUGUGCUUUCUUUUAGAAAGAAACACAUGUAUUCAAUAUGCUAAAUCUCAUGUGGUUGAUUUGUUUUUCCCUUAAGAUUGGAAUUGUUCACUCAGUUGCCUCUGUUAGACACGAAGCUUCCAUGUAAUGGAUCCAAUUUUUGCAGAUGGUCUAAAUGAUGCCCUACCAUCUGCUUCA